AUGUCUGGAUAUAAACAUAAAGCACAUCUACUAAUAGCAGAAUUUAAACCACCAAGAAAUAAAGAUCAAAAGUUAUGGAAUGAUCUAGUUAAAUUAGGCAAUGAAAUGAAGGAUGCAAUUGAUAAGGCUAUAGAUGACAGUGUAGAUGGAAAUGUGGCAGA